GCAAAGACCCAAACGGCCUUCCAUAAACGCCGUUCCAUAGAAAUCCUGGUUGAGAAUGAAACGACUGAACAAGGAAACAGCACAGCAAGCCAACUCAGAUUAAGUCUGAGGCCGGUAACAUCAACAGUGAGGGCAAACCCAGCCUGCCUCUCUCCUUCCACACUGAGUCCAAUCCUACAGUCACUGGGUCCUGAUUGUGACAGUGGAGCCCAGUUUGCACUGCAGGAUCCAGAGAUGGCAUCAGUGAAGCUGGAAGACUGCAGUCAAACACUGGAGCUGAAUGUCAACAUUAAAGAUGAAGAAGAGGAGGAGAAGAUUGGGACAUCUGUUUCUUAUGGAGACCAUGUUGAUACAUUAUCUACAUCCAGAGAGCAACAGCAGGAAGAUCACAGAGCUAAGAGGUCUCACCACUGCCCACAUUGUGAGGAGAUUUUCCCAUUUCUAUCAAAGCUAAAAAUACACCUACAAAUACACACAGGAGAGAAGCCUUAUUCCUGCACUGACUGUGGGACGCGCUUCACAACAUCAAGGGCUCUGACAGUUCAUCAGAGAGUGCACACUGGAGAGAAGCCUUACUCCUGCUCUGACUGUGGGAAGAGUUUCUCAGGAUUGGGUCACUUAAAAAGACACCAACGUAUACACACAGGAGAGAAGCCUUACUCCUGCUCUGACUGUGGGAAGAGUUUCUCUCAACAGAGCAGCUUAAACUCGCACAAACAUAUACACACAGGAGAGAAGCCUUACUACUGCUCUGACUGUGGAAAAUGCUUCACAGCAUCAUUUGAGUUAAAAGUUCAUCAGAGAACACACACAGGAGAGAAGCCUUACUACUGCUCUGACUGUGGGAUGAGUUUCUCUCAACAGAGCAGCUUAAAGUCACACCAACGUAUACACACAGGAGAGAAGCCUUACUCCUGCUCUGACUGUGGGAAGAGUUUCUCUCAUCAAAGCAGCUUAAAAUCACACCAACAUAUACAUAAAGCAGAGAAGCCUUACUCCUGCUCUGACUGUGGGAAGUACUUCACAACAUCUGCUGAGGUAAAAGUUCACAAGAGAACACACACAGGAGAGAAGCCUUACUGCUGCUCUGACUGUGGGAAGAGUUUCUCUCAACAGAGCAACUUAAAAACACACAAACUUAUACAUACAGGAGAUAAGCCUUUCUCAUGCUCUGACUGUGUGAAGUGCUUCACAACAUCAUCUGAGCUAAAAGUUCAUCAGAGAACACACACAGGAGAGAAGCCUUACUCCUGCUCUGACUGUGGGAAGAGUUUCUCUCAACAGAGCAACUUAAUAACACACCAACGUAUACAUAAAGGAAAGAAGCCUCAUCAGUUCUCUCAGGCCAGUUAAGAUUAAAGUCACUCCAUCACUUCAUUCUCAUCUCAUAAAGGAAGUGGUAAGAGUGCAUUUGAUAACAUUAAGAGAGUAACACACUAUUGUAAUCCUAUUGUUUCUCACUGUGAGAACUUUACAGAGGAAAAGGAGCGUUAUAGAAUGUUAGCCUCUCUUUACUUUAGGGAUCAGUAUUCACCUUGUCAGUUCUGGUGUGUUUUGUUAGCUUCUACUGUAAAGAUAUUGAGAUUACCUUGGAUUUGCCCUUAGCGUUGAAAACCCUCUGAGGGAUCUCUUGUUAAAAACAAUGGAGUGUGAUGGUUGACUGGGUGGUACUGCUUCCCUCUGCAGUUCUCUGUGGGAAUGAGUUAGUAGAUACAACAUGUAUCAGAUAGAGAUGAUGUGAUGAUCAGUGUUCUGUGGGAAUGAGUUAGUAGACACAACAUGUAUCAGAUAGAGAUGGUAUGAUGAUCAGUUUUCUGUGGGAAUGAGUUAGUAGACACAACAUGUAUCAGAUAGAGAUGGUGUGAUGAUCAGUUUUCUGUGGGAAUGAGUUAGUAGACACAACAUGCAUCAGAUAGAGAUGAUGGAUCAGUAUCCUGUGGGAAUGAGUUAGUAGAUGAUCAGUUUUCACCAUUAGUUUGGGUGGAUACUUUUAUUUCUACUAAAUGGCUUUUGUUUAAUGAUACACAGGUUAUAAAACAAAUACAUGUGUUUAUUAAAUUGUCUUUUAAAACUAGAUUCACUAUUUUAGUCAUUGAUGAUUAAUGUAUUUGGAUAACUGCAAUGAAUGUAAUUGAAUUACUAAUGAAAAAUAAAUGUUGUACAUGCAUUUUUGCUGGUCAACCUCUGGGUUAUCUUUACAGAAAAUACAAUGUUUUUGUUUAAAUCAUGGCAUUCAAAAUAUAUUUACAUUUAUCUACUCAAAAACAUGUCACUACACAUCACCACAGGGACAAGCCAUUUUGCUAGCCACCUGUAUUUUUCUACAAUGCAUACAAAUAUGUUAAUCAGUAUAAAGGACUUACAUAUGUUUCCUUAUGUAAAACCAGUUAAAUAAAAUGAAAAAUGUA